AAUCGGGCCGCGGCUCCCCGCCGGCGAGGUGUGAUCCGAAGCAGGCAAAGACGACGUUCGCCGCGGGACGACGAGCUGCCAAAAAGCGCCAAAUAGACGAGCGCCGGCGUCCGCUGUUCCGAGCCGGAGCUGCCGAAGAGCCGCGUCCGUCUGGGUGGAGGCGCACGGGGGUGAGCUGUGGAGCUUCGUGGGGUCUCUGGUCUUUCCACAGGAAGAGGAGAGGACCAAAUAACAUGACGAACCUUCACCUAAAAAUCAACCAACUCGUCAUCGUAUGCCUUUGUCUUUGUUUUACCGGCGCCUCAGAAACGGAGCGGAAGCUUCAUCAGAAGAUAUUUAAGAACUACAACUUGAAGGUGCGACCCGCUCGGUACUGGGAGGAGAAAGUGACGGUGAGGGUCGGAAUGACUCUGUCCCAACUCGUCAGCUUGAAUGAGAAGACUGGCGAGAUGACGACCAACGUGUUCCUGAAUCUGGAGUGGAACGACUACCGCUUGUCGUGGGACCCGAAGGAUUACGACCACAUAAAUGUUUCGAGGAUUCCCGCAAACAAGGUGUGGCGCCCCGAUGUCUACCUCAUAAACAACAACGACGGUCAAUUUGACGUAGCUUUAUACGUCAACGUCUUGGUGUACAACGACGGCACCGUCAACUGGCUUCCACCGGCCAUCUACCGCAGUUCCUGCUCUAUCGAGGUUGCGUACUUCCCCUUCGACUGGCAAAACUGCAGCAUGGUUUUCCGCUCCUACACCUACGACGCCUCGGAAGUGGAGUUGCAGUAUUAUCUGGACGACGACGGAACGGAGAUCCGCGAGAUCGUCAUUGAUGAGAACGCGUUCACGGAGAACGGAGAGUGGAACAUAUGCCACAAACCCUCAAGAAAGAACGUCAAGGACGAUCUGUACGAGGACAUCACCUUCUACCUGAUCAUCGAGAGGAAGCCUCUUUUCUAUAUCAUCAACAUCAUUGUUCCCUGCAUCCUCACCAGCGUCUUGGCUAUUUUCGUCUUCUACCUUCCCCCCGGAGCAGGAGAGAAGAUGACCCUCUCCAUUUCGGUUCUCAUCGCCUUGACUGUCUUCAUGCUGCUGCUGGCGGACAAGGUCCCCGAGACAUCGCUGGCCAUCCCCAUCAUCGUCAACUACGUGAUGUUCACCAUGAUCCUGGUGACCUUCUCCGUCAUCCUGAGCGUGGUCGUCCUCAAUUUGCACCACCGCACGCCCAGCACGCACAUCAUGCCCAACUGGGUUCGCAGCUUCUUCAUUCAUUUCCUGCCCAAGUACAUUGGCAUGACCCGGCCUGAGCCGGAGGAGUGUCUUUUGAAGGAGGACUCUUGUGACCAAACACCCGCGCCAAGCUUCAAUGGACGGCAGCCUGGAGGAGAGUACGUCUUUCGCAAGAUCAACCCCGAUCUCGUCAUACCUUGGAGAGGCAGGUGCGAGAGUCUGGUGCAGCUUCAAAGGCUUCCGGGGACGGAUGGAUUCUGUCUGAUUCUUCCGCCCAACCUGAAGUCGGCCAUCGCCGCCGUCACGUACAUUGCCGAGCAGCUGAAGAAGCAAGACACCGAUGAUUCGAUGACAGAGGACUGGCAGUUCAUCGCCCUGGUGGUGGACCGUCUCUUCCUGUGGCUUUUUGUCAUCAUCACCACUUUGGGCACUUUGGCGAUGUUCUUGGACGCCAGUUUCAACUACACGCCUGACGACCCCUUCCCAUAACAGGGCGUCAAAUCGCCCCCGUCGCGUCCGUACAACCACAGUCUCCGGGCUCGUCGUACAGUUGUUUCAUUUUAACUUCCGAAGCAGCUCGAGAUACUAUCGGACUUUCUGAUGAUCGGGGAAAAGUCCCAUUAGUUCUAACACAUUAAGAUAUUUCCUUUUGUCAUCAUCACUGAAUUUAGCAAACUACGCUAUUUGUGUUUUUAAAAAAAAAAAAGGAACAUAAAUUCACGCUAAGCUAUAGCUAAGCUAGCGUUAGCGCUGCAGACAAGAUGACGUUAGCCAC